AUGAGGUGCACUCUCUCCACCUUCUUCUCCCUCUCCUUCUGCUUCAUAUCCAUUGCUGCCGCCGAUCUCAUCUACGAAACCUGUCAAAAGUGUGCUGAGAGAUCACCCAUCUUGAGCUACUUGUGUGUGUCUUCUGUACAAGCAAUCCCGCCGAGCCACACCGCAAGUCUCUCAGAACUCGCCGUGAUCUCUGUUAAAUUGGCUCUAGUUAACGCCACCGCCACGCUUUGGAGCAUCCAAAAGCUUUUAGAGAAUGAAGCUUCUGAUUCAAAUUUGAUGGGUUCCUUAAAGGAUUGUCGUGAACUCUACUCUGAUGCAGUGCCUACGCUUGAGAACUCUAUCACAGCCUUUAAGAGUUUGGAUUACAUGUCAUGUAAUAUAUUGAUUACAGCAGCCAUGGACGCAGCAACGACUUGUGAAGGUAGGUUUGAUGUGUCUCCAUUGACAAAGCAGAACUAUGACUUCUUUCAGCUGUGUGAUAUUGCUCUUGUCAGCUCCCGUUUGAUUCCAUCUGAGCUGCCAUUUUUGUUGUCCAUGUAA